CUUCGUCAAGAAUGCAGAACCCAUCUAAGCAAAGCGCACAAAACAACAGAUAGGAUUGAACAACAAUGGCAACUCAGGCCACGCCCAUUGUAGUGCCCACCGAUGCUGAACUGCUGCAGGCACAGGCCGACCUAUGGCGCCACAGCCUCUACUACCUCAAAUCCAUGGCACUGAAGUGUGCCGUGGAGCUCGGCAUACCUACAGCCAUCUACCGCCUAGGCGGUAGUGCCUCGAUUCCUGACCUGAUCACCGCACUGUCACUGCCCGUAGCUAAGCAACAAUUCCUCAGUCGCCUCAUGAGGCUCCUUGCCUCAUCCGGUGUCUUCAGCGUGGUUGACUCCACUGAGGCUACCUACUCCCUCACCCCAUUGUCAUACCUCCUGGUUGACGGCAUUGAAGCCGAUGACCAUAUCAACCAUGCACCUUUCCUGCUCACUGUAACCGCGACACACUACAUUGACCUAGCAAUGGGGCUAGCUCACUGGUUCAAGCAGGAUGCCAAGAAACCACCCUUUGAUCAUGUGCACGGAGCAUCGCUGUUUGAGGAGAGCAUGGAGCGCAAGCAUCCUGAGUUCCACAAGAUGGCAAUGCAAGGUUUAAUUGUCCAUGACAAUUUCGGAACGAACAUUGCGCUGCGGGAGUUGAGUGACAUAUACCAGGGGAUAAAUUCAUUGACUGACUGUUGCUACCAUGGGGACGGAAUGACGGCAAAGGCCAUUGUCAAGGCCUUUCCACACAUGAAGGUCACUGUGCUAGACCUUCCACAAGAGAUUCGAAAAAUACCAACUGAUGGUGUUGUUAACUAUGUUGGAGGUGACAUGUUCAAGUCCAUCCCACGUGCUCAAGUGGUGCUGCUUAAGAUGGUGCUGCAUCACUGGAGUGAUGAGGACUGCGUGAAGAUCCUCGCCAAUUGCAAGAAGGCAAUAGCUUCACGAGAAGAGGGAGGAAAAGUUUUGAUUGGAGAUAUAGUUCUCGACCCUGCUUCAGAACCUGUAAUGUUUGAGACCCAUCUCUUGAUGGACGUCUGCAUGAUGCUUAUGAAAGGAGGCCGGCAACGCGACUUAAAUGACUGGCGUGACAUCUUCAUCAAAGCAGGGUUCAGCGACUUCAAGCUUGUCAAGAAAUUUGGAGCUCGAGGUGUCUUGGAGGCCUUUCCACACAUGAAGGUCACUGUGCUAGACCUUCCACAAGAGAUUCGAAAAAUACCAACUGAUGGUGUUGUUAACUAUGUUGGAGGUGACAUGUUCAAGUCCAUCCCACGUGCUCAAGUGGUGAUGCUUAAGAUGGUGCUGCAUCACUGGAGUGAUGAGGACUGCGUGAAGAUCCUCGCCAAUUGCAAGAAGGCAAUAGCUUCACGAGAAGAGGGAGGAAAAGUUUUGAUUGGAGAUAUAGUUCUCGACCCUGCUUCAGAACCUGUAAUGUUUGAGACCCAACUCUUGAUGGACGUCUGCAUGAUGCUUAUGAAAGGAGGCCGGCAACGCGACUUAAAUGACUGGCGUGACAUCUUCAUCAAAGCAGGGUUCAGCGACUUCAAGCUUGUCAAGAAAUUUGGAGCUCGAGGUGUCUUGGAGGCCUACCCGUAAGAUUUCUCCUGGACAUUCUUAUAUUGCGGUUGGGCACCAUAAACCUAUAGUGAAUAAAUAAAAAAAGUGCCAUAAUUUUCGAAUUAUCGUUUCAUGGAACAUGAUCAAGCAGCUUGCUGAGGUUACAAAGCUGGUUUGCUUCAUGAUCUGUAUACUUUCAUUUCGAAACGUAUAUCUACAAUCUACAACUUGCUCAUAUAUUGUAUGUGUAUGGUAUUGAUAUCCACCAACUGGAGUUGGAUGUGUGUAAUGCCCCUGUUUCUCAGAAAAGCAACCAUUGUACUGCCACUAAAUAUAUCAAUAAAUGUUCCAGAGAGACUCUGGACUAUUUU